AUGGAAAGAGGCGCUUUAUUAGUACUAGAAGGCUGUGACCGUGUUGGAAAAUCAACUCAAGUAAAGCGUCUCGUUAAAGUACUUAAUGACAGUGGAAUAAAAGCAGAAGCACGUGGUUUUCCCAAUCGCAAAACAACCAUUGGAAAAUUGAUAGAUGAAUUUUUGACAUCAAAAAAAGAGUUAGCACCUGAAGCAGUGCAUUUGUUAUUUUCAGCGAAUAGAUGGGAAUGCAGCAAUGAUUUAAUUAAUACACUUAAUUCUGGAGUAACGCUUGUCGUGGACAGAUAUGCAGCAUCUGGAGCGGCUUACUCGGCGACAUCAACCAACAAAGGUCUCUCCUGGUGCAAAGAACCAGAUCGUGGUCUUCCAGCGCCGGAUCUUGUAGCUCUUAUCACCGCUGAUGAGGAAACUAUCAUGUCUCGUGAAGGCUGGGCGAAUGAACGGUUCGAGCGUCAGGAGUUUCAGCGAAAAGUCGCGGAUAAUUUUUUUAAACUCAAAGACGAAACCUGGAAAAUUGUCUCAGGAAAUCAAAGUAUUGAUGAAAUUCACUCGGAAUUGUUAAAAGAAGCUUUGAAAAUUAUUAAUCAAGUUAAAAAUAGUCCUAUUAAACUUUUAUAUGAAUUUUAA